UUCACUCUCACUGCAAUCCUCUCCCACAUCAUUAUUACCAUUAUCACAUUCGGUGGCUGUCUUCUUCUUUGGACCUUGCAGUUGGCCAUGGAGCGUUGAGCUGCAUCGAGCGAGACACAACCACAUCUUCUUGUCUUCUUUAAUGCGCCCUGUGCCACAAAACCACAAGGCUUCCUCUUCCUCUUCCUCCUGAUUCCAUCAGUCUUUUUAUAUUACUAUUUCUCGUCUGGCCUUUGCUGCCAUCGUUCAUCGCACCCACUACUGCUGGCCCUCGGGAACAGGGGAGUGUGAGUUGAAGCCCACCACCUCCAAAGCCAGGAUUUUUCUCGGAAGGGAGAGGGAUUCCAGUUGUUCCCUUUUUUAAUCCUCGGUUCCUGUGGUUUAUGGGAUUGUGGAGGUAGCUGUGGCUGGAGUAGGAGUAGGAGGAGAAGGGGAGAGAGAACGAGAGAGAAAUGCUGUGCCUGAAAGCAGAAGCUCUCGGGCACGAGAUGUAUUCCUCCCAUGGCGUCAUCCUUCCCGUGAAUCUGGGAAGAUCGAUCCAAAAAGUGAUGCAAAAGGUGGGGAAAAGCCGCGGGGAGGAGUCGCGGUCCCGGCGCUCGGAUCCGUCUUCGUGUUCCUCCGGCGAUGGCUCUGUGGGCUGUUCCGGGCUCGAUGAUGAUAGGAACAAUGAUGGUCCAAGAGAAGAGAGGCGUCGGAAGAUGUGCUGCUACAGAAUUCAACUUGAGAAGGAAGUUCAAAAGUUGCAGCAGCAGCUUCAGGAAGAGAUUGAUCUACAUGUGGCUUUAGCGAAUGCAGUAGCACAUAAUGCUGGCCCUUUGUUAAACUCUCCUUCCAAGCUUCCAGAUAAAGCCCAGGAGCUUCUAGAUAAUAUAGCAACAUUGGAAAUUACAAUUUCGAAGCUCGAAGAGGAGUUGGCUUCUUUGCAACUUCGACUUUGUCAGGAAAGAGAUGAGCGCCGCCUUGCUGAAAACCAUCUAGAAAGUUUGCUGUCACUAUCACCAGAACUGCCAUCUACAUCUUCUAGUUGCAUGUGGGAAGAGCAUAUAUCUUCUUUGAGGAUUUCAAAAUUUGGGUUAAAUCAAAUUCCUAGCUCACUGCAACAAGAUCUAUUAUCUAGUAGGGAUUCAGAGUUACCUGUGGCAAAUAAAUCAUUGGACGAAUGCCCUGAGGAACAGUUCAUAGAUCACUGCGAUAGGGUCGAAGAAGGGAACAAAAUAGAUGCUUGUCUUCAAGAGUCUAAUGCAGUGGAAUUGAAGAAGGAUCUCCUAGAAACAAACCUAUGGAACGAUCCAAACCAGCUUUCAGAAGAAAUGGUGAAAUGCAUGAGAAAUAUCUUUCUUUGUCUAUCUGAAUCAUCAGAUAUCUCUUCAAAGGCAUCUUCUUCAGAGUACCUGCCUUCUCAAUCUUCACCAGUUGAUCAGCUGUCUUUUUCAUUCACAUCUUUUUCUGAUUCAUCCUUAAGACCCCAAACAUUUUGUAAUCCUUCAACUGGAACAUAUAAAUUUGAUGAGAUAAUGGAUCAAGUGGAUACAUUUGAUCCUUAUGGAGUUAAUGACAAGGUGAACUGGAGGAAUAUUGGAAGUUAUAGUUUGGCAGCUGAGGUGACUUGGAUGUCUGUUGGGAAGGCACAGCUAGAAUAUGCUGCUGAGGCUCUAAAAGGUUACAGAUAUCUUGUUGGGCAAUUGGCAAAGGUAAAUCCAGCUUGUAUGAGUGGCAAUGAGAGGCUUGCUUUUUGGAUCAAUGUGUAUAAUGCCUUGAUAAUGCAUGCCUAUUUAGCAUAUGGAGUACCUAAAAGUGACAUCAAGCUAUUUUCUCUAAUGCAGAAGGCAUCUUAUAUAAUUGGUGGCCAGUCAUUCAGUGCCGCUGAGAUUGAAUUUGUUGUCCUAAAGAUGAAACCUCCGGGGCAUCGUCCGCAGCUAGCUUUGGCACUGUCACUUCACAAACUUAGGAUUUCUGAGGACCACAGAAAGUACUCCAUCGAUGGUCCUGAGCCUUUGUUAUUGUUCGCCCUUAGUUCUGGAAUGUAUUCCUCGCCAGCGGUAAAGAUCUUCACAUCUGAGAAUGUUCAAGAUGAGCUUCAGAACUCAAUGAGGGACUAUGUUCGAGCAUCGAUAGGUAUUAGUGAAAAGGGGAAACUGCUGGUGCCAAAAUUGCUGCAUAGUUUUGCAAAGGCCAUCGUCGAAGAUUCCUUGUUAGUUGACUGGAUUUGUCGAUAUCUUUCCCCUGAUCAAGUAACCGUUGUUCGGGAUUCCACAUCACAGCUGAAACAGAGGUUGCUAGGUGCUCGGAGUUUUAGCGUCAUCCCAUUUGAUUCAAGGUUUCGAUACCUAUUCUUGCCUGAUGACAAGACUUUCCAGAAAUCUCUCCAUCAUCAGCUUGCUUAAGUUUGUCUUGGAAAAAUUCAAGGAUUGGCAUCUUCAGAGUGUAGGAUCUUGCGUUUUUAUUGACACAUGCAUCCAUGCCUAUACCCAAGAUUGCUCCUGCUAAUGAUUUCUUCACCUGAAUGUGUCUUUGACUAUGAUCUUAUAGAUUCCAGGCAUUCGGAUGACUGUAAAUAUGCACGGCAUGCGCGGAAUAAUUCUUGGGUUGUUUUUACAGAAGGAAACAAGCAUUUGCAAACCAAUUGAAGUGCAAACCUUGUACAUAUGGUCAGUCGGUUUUGAGGGAUUUGAUGCUUGUGCAAGAGAACCCACAUUUUGUUUUAACUCGUGACCAUCGAGUGAAGGACACCAGCUAAGUUUGUUUAAAGGAGUUGUAUAUUGAGAUUAGAUAGUUGAUCCAAAGUGAUUCUUUAUAGGUUUGUGGAAAUUGAGUUAUAAGUUACUUUUGCCUCUGUAUGUUGUACAUGGCAAUAUUGUUAUCCUGUGUGAGACUUGGCAUUCAAUAAGAGAAAAAUUAUUUGACA